CUCGGUUUUUCGACGUGAAAUUCGUGCCUUGGUGUUGGAGGAGUAUUAUUUUCACUUUGGAAUAUCAGUCGACCGCAGUGCCAUUAAUUUGUCCUCAUCAAAAUUAAAAAAUGUGGAGAGGCUGGCAAGUUUUUGUCCUCAGUGGUCAUCAGAACCUCUGAAGGUUCUCAUCGUUGCUUAGGUUUCAUCUAAAUCUCACUAGCUGGAUAUUGCCCUCCAUUGAAAAUGACCAACAUUUCAAAGCUAGUGGCUGGCUGCCUAAAUGCAGCUGUGAUUUUCCUGAUGUUGGCUCAGCAAGUUGGCACAGCUUCGUUAAGCGUUCGGUUUCCCGAUGAAGCUGCAUCUUUGGCUCUCGUCCCUCCAGGCACAGGCCAUUACCGUUUGGAUUUUUGGCCGGCCCAGGGAGUGCCACCUCCAAACAACACACUCCUACCUACAGAACUUCUACAGCCCAUUGAAUUGCGUGGCGUACAGCCUGGCACAAAUUAUCACUUCAAAUUGCUUUUCUGGAACGCUACGCUCAACGCCUGGCCGGCUUGGACUCUCACAUUACCCACAGCUCCCGAGCCUCCGUCGAACCUGGCCAUCCGCGUCCGAAAAGCGGUACAAGUCACAUGGGACCCUCCUUCCGUGGGUGGAGUAACUGGAUAUAAAAUCAAGCUUCACGCUCUCUCGGAACCGUUGACUGGUAUCCGCACCUUCGUCCUGUCGGCGGAUGCCUCGCCUUUCCCUCUCCGGGAAUUGACUCCAGGCGCCAGUUAUCGGCUUGAAUUGCACUCCAUGUUUGAAAACCGAGACAGUGAAGUGGCAGUCGUCCAAAAUUUUACCACUCGUCCAAAUACUCCCGGACGGUUCAUCGUGUGGUUUAGAAAUGAAACCACUCUAUUGGUUUUGUGGCAACCUCCGUAUCCAGCUGGAAUCUAUUCAAAUUACAAGGUGUCGAUUGAUCCACCAGAUGCGGUGGAAAGCACGUUGGAGGUAGAAAAAGUUGGGGAGCCACCCGGCCCAGCUCAAGCUCCAUUUUAUGGCCUGCUUCCAGGAAGGAAUUACAACAUUUCGGUUCAGACAGUCAGCAAUGGAGAAAUAUCAUUACCAACAACGGCACAGUAUCGGACGGUGCCGUUAAGACCGCGAAAUGUUACUUUUGAGCGACGUCUGGUCACCUCAGAUUCCUUCCAGAUCCGAUGGGAAGAGCCGAAAGGCAUGAGCGAAUUUGACCGAUACCACGUAUCCGUGGGGACAGGACGACCACCUAUUAUUGUUCGACGUGACGAAUCUCGUAUGGCCUUAUUUAACGAAGGUUUAGAACCUGGAAGAACGUAUCCGGUUUUGGUCAAAACUCUGUCGGGUAACGUGGCAUCGUGGCCAGCAACAGCAAAUGUCACCACUCGUCCUCUCACUGUUCAGAACCUGACAGCCUCACUUCCAUCUCCUGGAACCGAGGGCGUAACAUCUGUAUCGGAUUUAGUUCUCGCUUGGUCGCCUGAUGUUCGCUCUCAGCAAGAUGCCUACCGGGUCGCAUAUCAAGAGGUUGUUGAGGUCGAUAGUAACCCUCCCUCCGCUGGUGACGUGACAGCUCUGAACGCAGCCGAUACAAGCGGCGUUCUAGUGACUUCUGCUAAUCAACUGGUCAUGACUUCUCUUUUACCUGGUCGAAAUUAUUCUCUAUCCGUCAUUGCCUUAAUGGCUGGAAUGGAAAGUGACUCUGUUGCCGUUUAUCAAGCCACAAGACCUUCGUCUCCAAUCAUUGAGGAAUUAACUCCAAUACCAAACGGUCUGAAUGUCUCUUGGAAGUCUGACGUCACUUCCAAACAAGAUAAUUAUACAGUGAUUUACAUCCGGAAUGACACUGGUGAUCCUAAGACCCGUGAAGUAACGGAGCCGCGAAUCUUGCUAGAAAACCUUUACCCUGGCGCCAGUUAUCAAAUCAGGGUUUUUGCUGUUAGUCACGGUCUGUUGAGUGAGCCAAACACCCACUUCCAAGCCGUCUAUCCUCGUUCACCUCGUAAUUUCAGCGUGGCAGCUACCAGUUCAUCUUCUUUGCGACUAACCUGGUCCGCCCCAGUAGACUCUAUUUACACCAACUACGUCAUUCGCUAUCGUACGGCGGAUAAUGUCAGUUGGAGUGAAUUGAGUUCAGUCGUCAGUACGGAUACAGAAUUGAAACAACUUACUGCCGGCGAACGUUACGUCCUUUUAAUUAAUUCUGCCAGUCACAGAGUCGAAAGUGCUGCUCCUAUAGAGCUGCAACAUACUCUCUAUCCAAAUCCUGUGGCUAGAUUGACACCUUUAGUUGAUGCUACAAAUGUGACACUAAGUUGGGAAAGACCCCCUGGUAGAGUUGAUAUGUACCGACUUGUAUGGUACCAAGCAGAAUCGGACCCCGUUUCGCCUUCUGUAAACUCACAAGAUGAUCGCAGGAAGAGACAAACAGAUCAACCACAAAGACGCUCGGUUGUGGUCAAUGGUGACUCAAACCAAUCGUACAUCGACACACUAUUUCCAGGCACCCUUUACAUCAUCGAAAUGACAUCCAUCUCUUACGGCGUGGAGAGCAACAAGACCUUACUCACUUUACGAACUCUGCCACUUAUUACAUCGGAUAUCGUGAUCGUCAAGCGCCAUGAAACGAAUUCCUUGACACUCAGCUAUACACCAACACCAUCUUCCAUCUCUCGUUUUAAUUCAUAUCGAUUUUCGCUGACUGAUAGUACCAAGAAAACCAACGUCAAGGAAAAGACUGUUGACGAUCCCGAUCGCAAGGUCAUAUUUGAUGAUCUUGUACCUGGCAGACUAUACGAAAUCUCUGCAUGGACUGUAUCGGGAGGUGUUACCUCUCAUCCUGUUCUACGUCAAGUUCGACUUUAUCCGGAACCAGCGUCUGCCAUAAGUGCACGAGACAUUAGUGACACUGAAUUAACUUUGUCCUGGAAAGCCCCGCAAGGAGACUGGAAUUUUUUUGAGUUGAAAUACCUGGACUAUAACAAUAUGUUGGUGGAAGAAUCCACCAAACAGACUUUUAUCACAGUCACUAACCUAAGGCCGCAUCGGAAUUAUACCUUUACUGUUUACACAAAAUCGGGUGACAACGGAUCAUCUUGGAACAGUAUCUCCUUACCAAUGAGUGCUUCUUUCAGUACUAGAGAAUCAGUCCCCGAAAAGGUUCCCACAUUUAGACCUGUUGAAAUCCAGCCAAGUCAAAUUAGAUUUGAAUGGACGCUACCUAGCCAUGACCAGAACGGCGUGCUUAUUGGAUUUACUGUUUCAUACGGUAUACUGGGUUCGACAUCCACCAUAACUCGGGAGUUUCCACCUGGUAGCUCUUCGGGCACAAUCAGUGGUCUUUUUCCUGGUAAAACUUACUUGUUCCGCAUCCAAGCCAAAACGAAAAUCGGCUCGGGCAAUUCAACCAAGUGGGAACAAGUCAUGCCUAUCUGGGCUCCGCCCAAACCCGGUAAAAAAGAAGUACCAGAGGUUCUAGCCAAAACGACUACGUCUGUCAAACUUCAGUUCAAAAAGGGCCUUUUUUCAGAUGAGAACGGACAGGUGAUUGGCUAUACCUUAAUUGCCAGUGAAGACGAUAACAAAGAUCUAUCAACUUUGGAAACCCCAUUACUUUUGCGGUGGAAGGACGUUCAAAGCUACAACGUUUGGCCACCUUAUCAGGUGGUUGAGCAAUACAAUCCAUUUACAAAUUCGACCACAGAGGUAUUUACUGUUGGUAGUGAAACUUGUGAAUCUAGAAUCCAGUUGACGGGUUAUUGUAACGGACCUCUCAAACCGGGAACCGCCUACAAAUUCAAAAUACGUGCCUUUACCGCCAAGGAUAAAUACAACGAUACUUUAUAUAGUGCCCCAGUAAUCACUGACCCUGACAAUUCGACCGUAAUCGCUGGCGUUACCAUCCCGGUCAUCCUGCUUCUUUGCGGUGCUGCAACUGUUAUCGUGAUGAGAAGAAAAGGACGACGCAACGGAAGUGCUGCUUCCGGAUGUUUGGGCAAAGCCCAACAUGGAAAUCAUCGUGGUCCGGAUGGCCUUUCACUGUCAGACGGUUUGGAAACAACGAGACCAGUUAAGCUCAAGGAUUUCGCCGAUCAUUACCGUCGCAUGGCAGCUGAUUCAGAUUUCCGUUUUUCGGAAGAGUUUGAUUGCUUGAAACAUGUUGGAAGAGACCAACCGUGCGUUGCAGCUGAUUUGCCUGUGAACCGACCUAAAAAUCGUUUCACCAAUAUUUUGCCUUACGAUCACUCGCGUUUCAAAUUGCUUCCAACUGAUGACGAAGAAGGCUCGGAUUACAUAAAUGCCAACUAUGUUCCGGGCUUCAAUUCACCACGUGAGUUUAUUGUGACUCAAGGACCCUUGCAUUCGACACGUGAUGAUUUCUGGCGUAUGACAUGGGAGUCGGGUUCUCGUGCCAUUAUUAUGCUCACUCGCUGUGUGGAAAAGGGUCGCGAAAAAUGUGAUCGAUACUGGCCGUUUGACACUCAACCCGUUUAUUAUGGAGACAUCCAAGUAACGAUCCUUAAUGAGAGCCACUACGCGGAUUGGUCUAUUUCUGAAUUCCGCGUGUGUAGGGGUGAAUCAAGCCGAAUUAUUCGUCAUUUCCAUUUCAAUACUUGGCCGGAUUUCGGAGUUCCUGAUCCACCAACAACGUUGAUCCGAUUCGUCCGAUCCUUCCGCGAUCGUGUGUCUACCGAUGCUCACAAGCCUAUUGUCGUUCAUUGCAGCGCCGGUGUUGGUCGGUCUGGAACAUUUAUAGCCCUUGAUCGUUUAAUUCAACAGAUGCAGUGCCAAGAUCAUCUUGAUGUUUUUGGAGUGGUACAAGAAAUGCGCCGUGAGCGUGUCUGGAUGGUUCAGACGGAACAACAAUAUAUAUGUAUCCAUCAAUGUAUUUUAGCUGUACUUCAGGGAUUUGAAUAUGUUGACACAAAUGGCGUCAGCGGAACAAUUGGCUCAAAUGGUGCUGCCGCUGUUGGACAUCCAUCUAUGGGCAUGGUUGGUGGUAUUUUAACAAGAGAAAUGCACGAUAAUCAAGGAUUUGAAGAUGAGGGAAUCGCCGAAUCAGGAAUGUGAUGAAGAGAUAUUGGCAACUAAUGGCAGCUGUACGCCUGCUAUGUACGACACAUAUAGAUUGAACGCGAGCCUUGUAUAUUUUUAUGCCAUCAUAUUUAAAUAUUUUUUUAUAAGCCUUAUCCUUUUUUUUUUUUGAUUAUUUUUACAUUUAAAGAAAAUAUGUGUGACCUCAACUCUUGAAUUGUAUUCCGUCCACAAAAGUUGCUUGUAUUUGUCUCUAGCCUCACUGGAACUGCCUUGAGGAAUCUUUAUAGUUAUGCAAUCCAUGUUUUUGUUUCUUUUUCUCUGACACUUGUUCACGUCCCCUUUUUUAUUAAACUUUUAAGGAUCUGUCUGGGUUGUAAAAAUCGCCCGAAUUUCAAGUAUUUCUGAAUGCAGUAGAAGCAUUCUACCAUUCCCUUGUUUUCAUCACAAUGAUUUUGACCGUAUUCAGGUCAAAUGAACAAUCAUCUCGCCUUAUACUUUGCACCUUUUUACAAGUGACUUAAAAUAAAACUUACCGUAACGAAUCUUACGUACAGUAUCCUUCAACUGGUGUUGCUAAACAUUUUACGUAUAUACAUUGUAAUUGCGACAACGUAAAUAAGGAAACGAAUAAAUAUUAACAUUUUGGACCGAAA